AGGUCUUAUGUGAAGAUUCUCGUGGAAGUUGUAAAAGGAGGGAAAUCAACAAGCUUUUUUUUUUUAAGACUGGUAAGUGUUCAGUAAUAAAUAUGUACCCAAUCAUGAUUUUUAAGAUCAUGUUUUCUUUUACAGUACAUGCCAUUUAUAUAUAUAUUCUGUUUACAUUUUCAGAUCACUCAAAGAUCUUCAUACAUUUAAUGAAUUGGACAGAACAUUUGAGCGCUGAAACAAGUUUGCAAGUUUACAGUAUGAUUGACAGAAAGAAGGUGUUCUGAUGCAGACUAUAGAGGAUCAUCGUGACUCAAAUGUGGAACAACCCAACAACUUCAGCAAUGGAAGGCCCCUUUGUUUAAGAUCUCCAGGUGUGACAGCAUCUGACAUUUGACCUUUGAAAACCCAACUGACGUCUAGAGGGACAAUGGAGCCACGUGAAUCUGCUGCUGGACCAAAAUGCAUCAAGGAGCCCCGGGAGAAGCUACAAAGGAAGUGGGUCUCUGAGCCCUCAGCUGGCACAAAAAGAAGCACUUUCGCUGACCCGGAGGAAAAGAGGCACUCACAUCGCGAAAGCAUUCAAAGUGGUGCCAGUGGCAGCAAUAUUACUGGCUCAGCACAAAAGUAUGGCUCUGGGAAGCUGCUAUCAACUGCAAUGGGUCAGUCAUCUCAAGAUAGUCAGUAUGCACAGGCUUUCCCCCGUACUUACUCCUACCAGUUACCACAACCGUACCCACAGCAGCCCAUGCAAGAGCACUUCCUGUCCGGAGCCAAGCCCCAGCCCGGCCUGGAGGCCCAUGCCUGGCCCUUCGCUGGACAGCUCCCUUCCGACGACAUAUUCCCUGGACACUCCCGUGCCCAAGGAGUCUUCCCUCGUCAGAAAUCUCCCAGUUUACCCAGUUCUUUUGGCCAGUAUUCCCAGUCAGGGCCGGAGCCGCCAGAGGAGGGAUACAAGAAGGAGCAGAAACCCAAGAAGCCAGGGAAGUACAUCUGCCACUAUUGUGGAAGGGCUUGUGCUAAACCCAGCGUGCUGAAGAAGCACAUUCGUUCACACACUGGGGAACGCCCCUACCCUUGUGUCCCCUGUGGGUUCUCAUUUAAAACCAAGAGUAAUUUGUACAAACACAGAAAAUCUCAUGCCCAUGCCAUCAAAGCGGGACUAGUCCCAUUCUCCGAACUAGCAGCUUCACGCACAGACAUGGAUCAGGCGUCCUCAGUGGGAGAGACAGAGGUACACUCAGACGGUGAACAGAGCACAGACACCGAUGAGGAGACUGCAGAGGCCUCCAUGUUUAUGGACAAAGGCAGCCCCAUUCCCCAGAUAUCAUUUGAGAUGGACAAAAGCACAAUGGAGAAGGGUGGGGAGCCGGCAUAUGCUGAUUCAGCUGAGGAACUAGCUAUGGCUUCCAUGAAAGUGCCUAUCCUAAUUGUCCCAAAACAAGGGGUCCCGCCAACAGCAAUGGAGUGCCCCCCAUUCACGGAACUCAAGGCUUCUCACAUCAGCUCCCAGGUUGGCCGCGUGGAUGACUCUCCCACUAUCAAACAGAGACUGGCUCUGAGACUGACAGAGAAGAAGGGAUCACAGGACUCAGACCAGCAGUCCCAUCAGUCCCUGCACCUCCUGAGUCCACACAGCAAAGGCAGCACAGACUCAGGCUACUUCUCCCGUUCAGAGAGUGCAGAGCAACAGAUCAGCCCUCCCAACACAAACGCAAAGUCCUACGAGGAGAUCAUGUUUGGUCGGACCUGGUAUUACAAACCUAACUCUGCUAGAUCUAGACAAUCCAUUGCAGUAGGCAUGGCCACUGUUGGCCAAGACACUAACAUAGUAAUGGGGAAGAUAUCUGAGGAUCAACUACUAGCAGGCGUUGACCCUAAGCAGUAUCCCACAGGCCCUUGCCAAAGCAACACAGGUCUACUAGAGACUCCUGAUUCAGGGACACUCAUUAGGAGUAACUCAAUGCCAACAUCCUCCCCGACCAACCUCAACGUCCCACCGGGAAUAAGAGUGAGCCACUCCUUUGACGAGAUGAUGACCUCUGAUGACGUCUUCUACCCGGGUGCUGCCGGUCUGAGGAGGCUUAGGAGACAGGCAGCUUUUGAGCAUUCAGCACAUGAAGGGCAUGGCGACUAUGAAACUUAUGGACACGUUCCCAAGAACGCAGCCCAAUCCGUGGCGUUAAAGCUAGGGGAGCGCAGUCCUGUGGUGCCAGAGCAUACAGCAUACAGCCCUUAUGGUACUAAAGUGGGAAUGACAGAGAUUGCCACUCGUAAACGCAGGAAGGAAAAGAGUGUAGGAGAUGAGGAGGAUGGCCCUGUCCAGUACGACAGUAGUUUUAGUGGCUCAGUAGAUAUGGUCAGGGAUUAUGAUUCAAAACAAGGUAGUCAAGAGGGUUCAAGGGGGACACCUACUGGAAAGGGAUCCAUGGGAUCUAUGUACAGUGCACAUAGCCAAUCAGACAGUUUUGAAACAUGCUGUAGUAGUAUGUGCUCAGAGGACGUAGUGCUAGUCCCAGACUCUGACAGAAAGGCAGCUGGCAACGUUAUCUCUGUCAUUCAGCACACCAACUCACUCAGUAGGCCAAACUCCUUUGAGAAGUCAGAGUCCUUCGAGCACCCAGCCUACCUGCAGGACAAACCCUCCAGCCAAUAUUCAGAGCAGUCAGAUACAGAGAACAUAGAGGAUGUGCAGAGCCCAGAGUCUAACCUAAGGUCUGAGAGCAUGGAGCAGCAGCAGCAAAGAGACAGUGAUUUAGUUUCAUCCAACCAGCCCUGUCACAUGCCCCCCAAACUGGUACGCCAGUCUAACAUCCAAGUGCCUGAAAUCAGGGUGACAGAGGAGCCAGAUAAACCUGAGAAAGAGCCUGACGUACUGACCAAGGAGCCGGAGAAGCACGUUGAAGAGUUCCAGUGGCCCCAGAGGAGUGAGACACUGUCCCAGCUCCCAGCGGAGAAGCUGCCUCCUAAGAAGAAGCGUCUGCGUCUGGCAGACCUGGAGCACUCCUCUGGGGAGUCCAGCUUUGAGUCCUGCACCAGCCUGUCCAGGAGCCCCAGCCAGGAGAGCAACCUGUCCCACAGCUCCAGCUUCUCUAUGUCCUUUGACAGGGAAGAGAGCUUAAAGUCUGUGUCACCUUCCAAGCAGGAGGACUUUGGCAAGCAGUCUGAGUACAGCGGCAACUCUCUCACUAUCCCAGGCCAUCAACAGCAGAGGGAGAUGCGACGCUCCUCGUCAGAACAGGCUCCCAGCGCUCUGCCCACCGAGAUCCCAGAGAUCCGUAGCAAGUCCUUCGACUAUGGCAGCCUCUCAACAUCAUCCAGACAGGGAGAGGUUUACUCCAGUGCAUCAGCCAUGAAAGAUCGGAGACGGGGCUACCUAGUAAGGCAGGCAUCCCUCAGUGUUUACCCUGAGACUGUGGUGCAUGAGCAAGGUGGUCUCGAAAUUACUGUCAAGCAAGAGCAUUCGGACCAUGGACCCUCAUCUUGGCAGAGCCCCCCAUCCUCUCAAGGUUCUCUCGGUGCAUCAGCCAGCGAAGUAGCAAGACCCAAGAGAGGGUCACAUCAUCAUCUUCUGCAACAGAGCAUUAGUGAGGACAGCCAGGACGACCCACCACUGUUCCAGAAGUCAUCUCGUCUGCCAAGUCAACAGUCAUCAGAGGGAGAGCAUCCAGGUCACGAGCUCAUGAGCCAGGAAACGAUGCAAUACUCCUCACUCCAGAACAGCUUGGCUUCACUGCCUUUCCUGCCAUUUCAGCCUGGUCUGUUCUGGCAUCCCGAGUCCACACAGAGACACAAGCAGCAUCUGGCUUUCCAGCCACACCAGUUACAGAAACUACAUAUCAGACAGCCUAGUCUACCACACAUGCUCCAGAAAUCCCACCCACCUCUUAAUCAGCUACAGCAGAUCCAGGAGCAGUGCGACGCGAAGGCUGAAGGUGCUAUCAGUCAGAGCUAUCAGUAUCCCUCCAGAGCCUCCCCCCAGGCCCAGCAUUACGGCUCUCUUCCGUCUAAAGUGGCCCUCACCGAGAGCACGGUGCUCCUGCAACAGGUCCAGCCAAUCUUCGCCACUCAGAAUGCAGGUUCACAGUCAUCUCUCCCAGGUAUGCUAGUCCCCGUUAGGAUGCAGACUCAAGUGCCAUCUUACGGAAGUGUUAUGUACACAAGUGUUUCACAACUCUUAACUAACCACGGCCAGAGCACUUAUUCAGCAAGAGUCAUAUGCUCAGACAGUGUAUCAUCCAGUUCACCAACAGGUGGCACUGUUUCAAAGCACGGCGUUGGCUUCAACUUAUCUCAGAUCCUUGGUCAGCCUGAGGGAGCUCUACGUUAUCCACUGUGGAAUGUUCCGGAUCUGAACACUGAACACGGGAGACUGAACACGGGAAUUCCGCUGUCGUUGACAUCAGGAACCAUCUCCACCACGGAUGCGUCCUCCAGUAUUGGGGGAAGCAAGCGGAUGCUAUCACCGGCCAGUAGCCUGGAACUCUUUAUAGAGACCAAACAGCAAAAACGGGUCAAGGAGGAGAAGAUGUACGGUCAGAUUGUAAAGGAGCUAAGCGCUGUCGAGCUGAGUGCUUCGAAAGACAGCAGCACGUUACCAAAGCGCGCCCCUCUGAAGAGCGAGGGUUCAAUGGAUGAUCAGGAGAGGAUGUCCUCCUCCCCACCAGCAGACUUCCCCUCCACCAAAAUCCCAGUGCGUUCUAAUGCACCUCACAUACCUGAUGUGCCACCAGCUGACAGCUUCACUCCCCCUCUGCAAAUCGUGACGGACUUCCCUGGUGGCAGAGAGUCCCCAGAGGAGCUGGACGUUGAUGACUCCUCCACCCCAGAGGCUAGCUGCAGCCCACAGUCCAUGGUCUCCUCCAGUGACACUCCAGGAGAAGCCAAGCCACCCAUGGGCAGCAAGAUACCUGUCAACAUGCUGGUGCAGCUGGCUGCCAAUCAGAGUGGGGGCGCUGCUGGAAGCACUCUACUGCUCACAGAUCUGGCCGACAUUCAGCAGUUCUUUCAGUUCCCCAGUCUUCGCACGACAACCAGUGUCAGCUGGUGCUUCCUGAAUUACACCAAGCCAAACAACGCUCAGACGACUCCCCUGACUUCUGUCUACGGCUCCUGGUGCAUCAGCUCUUACAACCCCAACCCUCUCAGUCUCAGCACCAAGUCUACUCUGGCCCUGCUCUGCUCCAAGCAGAGGAAGAACACAGAAACCUACACGAUGGCUGCUAUGUAUCAACCCGGGACUGGAAAACUUGUGUCCUCUCUUGCUUGGAAGCAGAAGUUUGAGCAGGUAGUCACACGUCACAUACAGUAUGUCUCUUAUUCAUAGUUAAUGUAUUUAUUGGUUAAUGGGUGGUUAACGGUUGGUUACUAAAUAAGUAUUCAAGUUUUAGAAUUCACAUGCUGUAGAGAGUUUGAAAUCCCCUACAAUAUUAGAAACCAAUCUGGGAUAAAAGUCUAUUUUGAAGCCGACAUUCCAGUACUGUACAUCUGCCAUCAAGUGUUUUUGUCUGUUUGUGAGGAUUUAACUGAGUGUUAUGCAUGUUUUUCAUUUGCAGAUGAAGCCAGAGCUCAUGCAGCUAGAUGUGAGCAAAUAUGGGAAGAAAAUCAAGGGGCUGAGUGCCAGGGAUCGAAUCAAGGAGGACCACGGAGAGAAAGAGGCCUCCUCAAAGCAGGCUGAGCCCACUCGCAUCAAAAUCUUUGAAGGAGGGUAUGUGAAGAUGGCUGCCAUUAGCCAUUCAAAUUUAAUUGAAAGCAUUUUAAUAUCAGUGUGGCACCUUCUCGAGAGGGCUGCUUAAAUGUGUAUAUUGUUGUGACUUUUACACAAAAUGUACAGUUUUAUGGAAGGCAGAAGAUGAACAGCACUUAAAUAGGUUGGAUUUAAUGCCUGGCGGCUGAAACCACUUCUUCAGAGCAAAAUAUUAUUUGAGAAUGGUAAUACAAUGACUGUGAUAACUGGAAUUUAAGUAUUACUUAAAUCACUUUACAUUUUUUAUGACUUCACAUUUAUUCACUAGAGGGUGUUUUCUGCAGAAAUGUUAUAGAUUUAAAAAAAACACAGGAUGGAUUUUUCAGAUGGAUUUUAAUUGUGGUUGAAAGGCGUUACUAGUAUAGGCUACAGUAAAGCAACGUUUUGUUGUUUAACAGCCAUGGUAUUAUUGACUACUGUGCAUGAGGCUACUGUAACCUCUUUGCGUUGGAGCAAGCAAUAGAUAGAUUUCCAAAUGAGUUUUUCAAUCAUCUGACAUUUUUUCAAAAUCACAUAUCUGGAAUGUCCCUUUUAUGAUAUUACAAUGUACAGUGAGAAAAAUGUACAAGAAUUACAUUUCAUAAAUGGGAACAGCUGUAAAAAUAUCUCUGACCAAUACCCAGUUGAAUUUGGCACCAGAAUUAUUUUCUCUGAGCAGUAAUAGGCAAACUUUCCCAAUGUAAAGUGGCCUGUUUGAUGUAUUUGAUAUUUGCUCCCUUAACACAUGCUUCGAUUAUACUCAAUAUCCUCCAAUAACGUUGGAAAAUCUGGUCUUCUUAUGAUUUCAGGUACAAAUCCAAUGAAGACUAUGUUUACGUGCGGGGUAGAGGAAGAGGGAAGUACAUCUGUGAAGAGUGUGGAAUUCGUUGUAAGAAGCCAAGCAUGCUGAAGAAACAUAUCCGCACACACACCGAUGUCAGACCAUAUGUCUGCAAGUUCUGCAACUUUGCUUUUAAAACUAAAGGUGGGUUUCCUUCUUCCGCUUCAUAUAACCACAUAUAUGCAAAUGUACACCUUCCUUCUCAAGUAAUUGAACCUGAUAGUUCAAACAUAAACAGUGAUCACACUGGAAAAUGAUUUAUGUAGAACUGCAAAUAAAGACUUCAGUCUACAUUGCAUUAGGAGAGUGGCAAGGUUCUCUCUCUGCUGCAGUAAAGUGUUGAUGAGUUUAUUAUGCUGCUUCCAGUAAGACUUUUUAAAAGUUGUAAACUCUGGUUUCAGGAAACCUGACAAAGCACAUGAAGUCGAAAGCCCACAUGAAGAAGUGCUUGGAGCUCGGGGUGUCAGUGACAUCUGUGGAGGAUGCAGACGCCGAGGAAGCUGGUAUGAAUCAGACAGACUGACUGAGCACAUUGUGUAGAGAUGAGCCAACAUUUGAUAAAUACUGGGCCCUGUAAGUUGCACUGGUGCGGUUCUUGAGGGACAAUUAUCGUAAUGAAAAACAGGAGCUGCCUCUCUGUCAGGUUUAUGUAAAAUAACCAACUUUAAGAUACACAGUUCACAUUUUCCCUGCUUGAAUUCCACCAUUCUGCAUAGAGUAGAAAAUAACUCCAGUGACCCAUUCAAUCCAAUUGAAAUAAAUUGCGGUUGCUGGAAAAGAUCUGUAAACGCAUAAAUAGAAGAAGUCCUACUGUGUUUUUAUAUCCCAUUUCCUUGUUAAGACUGCACUAAAUGCUGUUUAUUUGUCUUGCAGAAUAAAGUAGGUUACUGUUAUUUCAUUUGCAUAGCGUUUGACUGGAUCAAUGGUUGAUUUACCAAUAUGUUUCUUUUUAGACAAUGGCGAGGAUGGCCAGAGGGAGUCUGGGAAGAUGUCAGGCAUCAUGGCGGACCACCAGUUCUCAGACGCUGAUGAUUCUGAUGGUGGCGAGGAUGACGGGGAUGAGGUGGAUGACGAUGAAGACGAUGACGACGAUUACGAUGGCGACUCCACGCCGAAAACGCGCUCCAGAAGCACUAGCCCUCAGCCCUAUGGCAUACCGUCUCUCUCCAUCACGGCUGUGGCAGCCUCUCAGAGCGCCUGCUCCUCAGACCUUCUGGGCCACGGCUCCAAACCGCCCCUCUUCAGUUACUUCACCAGCCUGCCCAGCAUCCAGAUCACCCAGCUCAUGGUGCCCAGCGAGCGUGCAGGCCAGGGCCAGAUGGCAGAGUACCAGCGUCUGCUGCAGGGCGCCCUGGGCGAGGACUAUAAGAGCAGGCUAGACGUACCCAGCUCCAUGGACGAGGACUUUGGCUUGUCCCCAGAUCACAGCUCCUCCUCCUUUGACCUGUCCCCGUCUCGCCUCUCCUCCCCAGGCCUGGACUCCUCCCCUCUCCGAGAGCCCUCCCCCACCACCUCCUCACGCAAGUACCUCUCCCCCCGACGGGACCUGUCCCCCCGUGGCCGCCUGUCACCCCACAGAGAGGUGUCCCCUCUCAGGCACAUCUCCCCCAAGAGAGACAUCUCCUUCAGGAGGGACCUCUCGCCCCGGAGGGACCUGUCCCCCAGAGGUCACCUCUCGCCCCUGUCCCACGCCGGACGCCCCACGUCACCGGGCAGGGACCUGGCGGGCAGGAGGGAGCUGUCUCCACGCAGUCACCACCGGGGCAUGAUCAGACCUGUCUCCCCCAGGAGGGGCAUGCACCAUCACAGUGCCCCUUGGAGUCUGGGCCAGCACCUGCACUCAGAGAUGGUGCCACUGGGCCAGCGCAGCAGGAGCCACUCAGAGAUGGAGACGGUAAGUGUUCUAUUCUAUUUUAUUCUAUUCACACUGCACUUGAGCCACCAUGAACAGCUCCUUACUGACUGUGUGUUAACUAAUGACUCACAGUAUUAAUAGUAGUGCCUUAUAGGAUGGUAAAUGGUCUCUGCCUUCAACUGUCUUAGAGAUUCUAACUUAAAGUUAAAGUACAAUGGGCUCAUGAAGGACCACCAUAGAGUGCUACUCUUGCAGUAUCUGCAGGAAUUUCUAUGUAUAUAUGUGGCUAAUUAAGGAUCCCUGGGGAAAGAGGUCAAAUACAGUGUGUAUUAUUCUCUUCUCCCUGCCAUCUGGCUUGUUUCCAUGGAACUCAGUGAUAUAAAGAUAAGGCAGCCGUAGCUUGGCUCAUCACUCAGUGGUUAAUAACUGCUGUUUUUCUUCUUAAGAGUCUUGUUAAACCCGACUUUCCAGGAACCCCAGUUUAAAUAAAGCAUGACAUGGAGCCUGCUUCAGCUGUAUAAUUUUCAAAUAUUCAUAUUUUACUUAUUUUUAGCUGGUAAUAGUUUUGUCGUAUGUGAGCAGAUUUUUCCUGCCUUCUCAAAAUCCAUUACAAUCCCUCUUUUCCUCAUUCACAGUUUCUCAGUCAGUACAAACCUACAAUUUGAAGUGUUAGCACAUUAUACAUAAUUAGAUGCUUUGCUCCAUAUAAUUGUGACAUUUCAAUUGUUGAAUAUUCAUAUUUUUCAAGCUGUUCAAUUGUUGAACUUAAAUUGAAAAAAACAAAGUACUUUCAGAGAUCAUCUGCAUACUAAGAUCCACAGACCCUAUUGAUCUACGACCACUAUACUUUGUGCUGAAUUCACCUUGUAUUUUUUCAGGAUCAGAGAAAGGGUUCCCCUCCCCACAGCAGCCAGGAGUCCCCACGGCCCCACCAGGGCCUGUUCAGCCACCUCCCCCUGCACUCCCAGCAGCAGGUCCGCACCUCCUUCCCCAUGAUCCCCAUCGGCGGUAUCCAGAUGGUGCACUCUGUGCCCACCUCAGUCACCGGCCAGGCCCACCCCACCCGCCUCCCCCUGCAGAAGAGCACGUCUGAGGAGUCCAGCACCAGCGAGGUCUCCUUCCACCUGGCCGAGGGAGGAGGAGGGUCCAGGGGUUCGUCCGACUUGCCCCAGCGCCAGGAGAGGAUGGUGUCAUCAUCCACUCCCUCUCGGGGGACCCCGGUCCCCUCCACUGGCACCUCUUUACCCUGGUCAGGAAGUCGCCAGGACAGCGCAGACAUGUCAGACAGCAAGGACAGUAAGCAGCAGGAGGAAAGCAUACAGACUUGUACCACAGCUAUCGCCUCGCUCCGCAUCGCUACGGAACAUGACACUCUGGAGAAGGGCAUGUUGGCGUGCUCUUCAGACGCCCAUCAGAGACACCCCCCCCCACUGCCUCACUCCUCUCACCCCCCUUACCCCAGCCCUCAGGAGAGAGCCCCCAGCAGGAUUCAGCACUUUAGUGGCCUAGAGGUUAGGCAGUCCCCGGACGGCCGCUCGGCCUCCCCUCUCCCCCUACACUCCAGCUCCAGCUUGGAGACCUCCCUGCCGGCCACAUCAAAGGGCCCGGCGGGUUCCGCGGCAGGCCCAGGCCACUGUGCCAAGGAGAGGUCGCCAGGUCAACAGAGCCCAGGGGAAAGACCAGCAAGCACAAAGAGAGGCAAAGAUAUAUCAAAGGAUGCCACAGAGAACAGGUGAACAUUGUUAAAAAGGGAAGGACGUGCAACGUAAAGACAUCAACCCAUACAAUUGCACACACACACACGACACGCAUACAGAGAGACAGACAUUUAAACACACACACACACAAACAAGUCUUUAAACAAGCAAAUUAAGUAGAUACUCUGUAGUUUCAAUGUAUAUGUAUAGCAUGCCUUUUAUAACCUGGUUUGCUAUUUUAACAAUUUCUUAUUUAAAGUUUCAGAGAAUAUACAUACAGUAUGUUAA